UAAGAAUAACAAAAUUGAUAAUGUUGGUGGUGGAAUAACUGCUGAUUUGAUCCAUGUAGAUUCUCCUCUUUCCCCUUUCUACGAUCCCUCGUUGACCCGAUUCCAGCGUGUCACAGACUCACUCCGUCACUCUCUCUUACGUCAUCGUUCGAUUCGGUCAAACGAUUUGAAAUCGUCAUCGCUGACGUCACCAGCACCCGAGGCAUCUCUCGCCCCUGUUUCGGGCUACUACCUCAUGAAAAUUCAAUUGGGGAAUCCACCAAUUGAUUUAUUAGGAAUUGCCGACACGGGCAGCGAUCUGACGUGGACGCAGUGCGCACCUUGCUCCGAUUGCUACAAGCAAAAAACCCCGAUUUUCGACCCCAAAAAGAGCAAAACGUACGACACCGUUUCGUGCAAAUCCCAAGAAUGCCAAUCGUUGAGGUACGAGCAUCCGUCUUGCGACAAUGCAACUGAUGGCUGUCAUUACGAAUUAACUUAUGCCGGUGGGUCCUACACCUCCGGAGACCUAGCGACGGAAACAUUGACGUUCGAUCAAAAUUUGUCGUUUCCUAAAGUCGCGUUUGGCUGUGGUCACCACAACUAUGGUGAUAAUCUCGGAACAUCCUCUGGGAUAGUCGGCCUCGGUGGGGGGCCGGUUUCGAUAAUCAGACAGUUAAAGAAAUAUUAUUCAAUCGACGCCAAAAUCUCUUAUUGUUUGCCGCCUCCUAAUUCCAACGUGUCGAGCAAGAUAAAUUUCGGGAGCAACGCAGUUGUUUCGGGGCCUAAAGUAAUGUCAACACCCUUAGUGAAGAGGGAGCAUGAUACAUUCCACUAUGUUACUUUCGAUGGAAUUAGUAUCGGAAAUAACAAGUUGUCGUUCAAAUCCAAAAAAACAGUAACGGUGGAAGAGGGGAAUAUGUUUAUCGACACCGGCAGCACAUAUACGUUCUUGUCGGAUCAAUUUUAUUUUAAAUUCCUAUUUGCAUUGGAGAAAGCACUAAAUGGUACUCCUACGGCUAAUCCAGAAGGAGGCUUCGAAGUAUGCUACGAAAAACCCGUAAACGGAAAAUUCAAUUCUCCGACAAUAACGUCACAUUUUAGAGGGGGCGUUGACUUGGUCUUGUCGCCGGAGGGCAUCUUUGUGGAGGCGAAUAAAGGAGUGGUUUGUUUGGCUAUUUUGCCAAGUUAUUCAACUGAUUUGUUGGUUUUUGGAAAUUCACAGAUGAUUAAUUAUCUGAUUGGAAUUGAUCUUGAGAAUCAAAAGGUUGAUUUCUUGCCAACUAACGAUUGCACCAACCCCAAUUAG